AUGGCUCUCCAACACCAGCAAGAGCAACCCACUACGCCAUCUUCUCCAAAACCACCAAUCCUUGAGGAUCAGGUUCUUCCCCUCACCACCACAACCACCACCAUCUCCUCCACCACCACCGCACACAGAAAGAAGCUCACUCUCAUCCCUCUCAUCUUCCUCAUCUACUUUGAAGUUGCCGGUGGCCCUUAUGGAGAAGAGCCUGCAGUGCAAGCUGCUGGACCCCUUUUCGCCAUUCUCGGGUUCCUCAUCUUUCCUUUCAUCUGGAGUGUCCCUGAAGCUCUCAUCACUGCUGAGCUCUCCACAACCUUCCCUGGCAACGGCGGUUUUGUCAUCUGGGCUGAGAGAGCUUUUGGUCCCUUCUGGGGCUCUUUGAUGGGUACCUGGAAGUUCCUCAGCGGUGUCAUCAACAUAGCUGCCUUCCCAGUUCUUUGCGUGGACUAUAUGGACAAGAUAAUACCGGCUUUUGGAUCGGGAUGGCCUCGGUACCUUGCCAUCUCUGUUUCAACUCUGUUUCUUUCGUUUAUAAACUAUACUGGUUUGACUAUUGUGGGUUAUGCUGCUGUGUUACUUGCUAUUGCUUCACUCUCUCCAUUUAUAUUGAUGUGUUUGAUUGCCAUUCCAAAGAUUCAUCCUCAUAGGUGGCUCAGUAUGGGCCAAAAGGGUGUGAAGAAAGAUUGGAACUUGUUCUUUAACACCCUCUUUUGGAACUUGAACUUUUGGGACAAUGUUAGUACUUUAGCCGGAGAAGUAGAGAACCCCCAGAAAACUUUUCCGGUGGCUCUUUUCAUUGCGGUGAUUUUCACUUGCUUGGCAUACUUGUUCCCACUUUUUGCUGUAAUUGGUUCUGUCUCUGUGGAUCAAACUAGGUGGGGAUCCGGAUUUCAUGCUGAGGCUGCUGAAAUAAUUGCUGGAAAAUGGUUGAAAUAUUGGAUUUUAGUUGGUGCGGCGUUAUCAGGAAUUGGUCUUUUCGAAGCCCAAUUAAGCAGCAGUGCGUACCAAGUUCUUGGAAUGGCAGAUUUAGGCUUCUUGCCUAAGUUUUGCGCGGUUCGGUCAAAAAAGUUUAAUACCCCAUGGGUCGGAAUUCUGAUUUCCACCAUGAUCACUCUUGCAGUCUCCUACAUGACCUUCACAGAUAUAAUUUCAUCUGCAAAUUUCUUGUAUAGUUUGGGCAUGCUAUUGGAAUUUGCAUCCUUUAUUUGGUUAAGAAGGAAGUUGCCGGCAUUGAAGAGGCCCUAUCGAGUUCCACUGAAGCUGCCAGGUUUGGUGGUCAUGUGCUUGAUUCCAUCUGUGUUUUUGAUCUUUGUGAUGGCUAUUGCUACCAAGACUGUGUAUUUGAUUAGUGGUGUGAUGACUUUGGGUGGGAUUGGAUGGUAUUAUUUGAUGAAAUUUUGCAAGUCUAAGAAGUUGUUCAAGUUCAGUGUUAUUGAAAUUGAAGAAGGCCGACAAUGA